UUAAAACACAUUCAUACAGACAGUGGCGAGCCGACAUCAGCAGCAACACGCUAGCAGACUGACCAGCCGCCAGUAGCACAGCUCCCGCUGCGUGGAUGCGUGGAAGACCCCCCUGCUCUGGGUGGAAGGGGGAGAAGUUUCCCCAAAGACGAGUCUGGAUCCAGCUGAGAGACGAUGCCUUCUUCCUUUAGACGGGUCUCACAGGUGGCUCUGUGGAUUUGCUGAUUUUUUAAAAAUUAUUAUUAUUUUUUAUUUUUCCAAGUUAUUCAGCGGGGACAGGGAGAGAUUCUGAGCCAGAGGAUGCUCCCACAAGUCAUUCGGAUUUUGUAUGUCUUGUCUUUUUGCGUCUUCCAAGGAGGCUUCAUCAGAUUGAGCUCCUGUAAGGAGGAGACAAAGGCCCCCGGCCGGGUCGGACCACAGCUUUCACCUUCUGACUUCCUGGACAAGCUCAUGGGGAGAACAUCAGGAUACGAUGCACGCAUCAGACCCAACUUCAAAGGCCCUCCUGUGAAUGUCACCUGCAAUAUUUUCAUCAACAGCUUUGGGUCUAUUACAGAAACUACCAUGGACUACAGACUCAAUGUGUUUCUACGGCAAAAGUGGAACGACCCUCGGCUGGCGUACAGCGAAUACCCAGACGACUCCCUGGACCUGGAUCCUUCCAUGCUGGACUCGAUCUGGAAACCUGAUCUGUUCUUCGCAAAUGAGAAGGGAGCCAAUUUCCACGAGGUCACGACGGAUAACAAGCUGCUGCGGAUUUUCCAAGAUGGCAGCGUUCUGUACAGCAUCAGGUUGACUCUAACCCUGUCCUGCCCUAUGGACUUGAAGAAUUUCCCAAUGGACAUUCAGACCUGCACCAUGCAGCUUGAAAGCUUCGGUUACACCAUGAAUGACCUGAUCUUUGAGUGGCUGUCUGACAACCCUGUUCAAGUGGCUGAUGAUCUCACGCUCCCACAGUUUGUGCUGAAAGAAGAAAAGGACUUGGGUUACUGCACUAAGCACUACAACACAGGUAAAUUCACCUGCAUUGAGGUGAAGUUCCACCUGGAACGGCAGAUGGGUUACUACUUGAUCCAGAUGUACAUCCCUUCGCUCCUCAUCGUUAUCCUGUCCUGGGUGUCCUUUUGGAUAAACAUGGACGCUGCGCCGGCCAGAGUUGGUCUGGGUAUCACCACAGUGCUGACGAUGACCACGCAGAGCUCUGGUUCUAGAGCUUCUCUGCCGAAGGUGUCCUAUGUGAAGGCCAUUGACAUAUGGAUGGCAGUGUGCCUUCUGUUUGUGUUCGCCGCCUUGCUGGAGUAUGCAGCCGUCAACUUUGUCUCGAGGCAACACAAGGAGUUCAUCAGGCUGAGGAAAAAGCAACGGCAGCAGAGAAUAGUAAGUGCGACUGGCAGUCGGGCUGCAAGCGUUGAGUCUUUGCGGAAACCCAAUGACAUUCCUGGUAACAGCUCAGCCUACAGAAAUCUGAGUCAGCAUUGCAGCGCCUGUGCAAGGGAGGAGGAACUCAUGCGGGAAAGCCGAGGAUUUUACUUCCGUGGUUAUGGACUCGGUCACUGCCUGCAAGCCAAAGACGGGGCCGCCGUGGAAGGGCCCACCACGGUGUUCUCCCCUCUGCCCCCGGUCACUAUGUACGACGGUGAAGUCCUUCACAAGCGUUUCGUUGACCGGGCCAAACGGAUCGACACCAUAUCCAGAGCCGUCUUUCCCUUGAGCUUUCUCAUAUUCAACAUCUUCUACUGGAUCACCUACAAAGUGCUGCGACACGAGGACAUCCAUGCAAACUUGUAAAACGCUUUCUGCUGACAUUAUGUUAAUGUUUUUCUCAGAACCAAAACUGCCUGUUUGACCCAUUACAGUGAGUUAAAAAAAAAA